GGAAUCGUGUAGUACCUAUUGUUAUUUUCGGUAACAGUAUGGCCGUAUAAGUUUAAUUUGUUUUUGCCUUGCGUUUCUUGUCCUUGUGGAGCUUAAACGCUGCCAUUGUUACGCUUGAUUAACGAUGAACAUGCAAAGUAAUGCUCCAAAUGGGGUUGCUUCUUCCAUGAAUGGUGCAUCAAUGCCAACAAUGCCAACCAAGACACCAGUGUCGCUGUUGCAGGAGCUAUGUGCUAAACGUGGUAUUACUCCCAAGUAUGACCUGAUACAGGUGGAGGGCGCCGUCCACCAGCCCACCUUCCUCUACAAGGCCACCGUGGGCGAGUUCAUGGCCACCGGCCAGGGUCAGAGCAAGAAGAAGGCCAAACACGCCGUGGCCAAGGCGGUGCUGGACCUGGUGCUGGGUAACCAGGCGGCGCCGCCGGGCGCGCCCAUGGCGCCCGUGCAGGCCGACUCACUGGGCCAGCUGGUGUCGCCCUACGACGACGGCAUCGCCGGCAACCCGGUGGGCCAGCUGCAGGAGCUGUGCAUGGCUUACCGGCUGCCGCCGCCCGUCUACGAGCCCGUCUCCGAGCAGGGCCUGCCGCACGAGCGUACCUUCACCAUCGCCUGCCGUAUCGGCACCGCCCUCUCCGAGACAGGGGUCGGCAAGUCCAAGAAGAUCGCCAAGCGGCAGGCGUCCAACCUGCUGCUGACCAAGCUGCGUGAGCUGCCGCCGCCGCCGGCCGCUGAGUCUGCCGAUCCCGCGGCCGCCGGCGGGGAGACGAUGGACCAGCGUGUCGCCUGUAUGUGUUGGCUGACGUCCCAGCUGAGCCUGGACGGAUGCUGCAGCGGCCCGCGCACCCCGCCGCCGACAGACGCAUGCUCGCCCGACUGCCCAGCGGCUGGCGGAGCACUUUUCGGCCCUGCGCCUCAGUCAGAUCCCCUCUCUGACGGCGUCAGACAGCGUGCAGGUGGGCCAGUUCCACCGUGGACUGAAGGCGGCCACUGGGGACGCGCUGACACAGCUCAGGGACCCCAAGUCGAGCCCGGGGAGCUGGAACUGCCUCCAGUUCCUGCAGGAUCUGGCGAAGGAGCAGAACUUCCAGUUGACAUGGAUUGACGUCGAGGAGAAGUCGUUUGAUGGUCGGUGUCAGUGUCUGGUGCAGCUCUCCACCCUACCCGUGGCCGUCUGUUAUGGAGUGGGCGAGGACGCAGACAAGGCCCGUAGCGACGCCGCUCACAACGCCCUCCAGUAUCUCAAGAUCAUGAUCAAGUGAGCGCCGCCGUCGCGGCCGGGAGCCGGGGUCGGCGCGGUGCGACCUCGGAGCUGGUCACGUCACGCAGGGAAGGAACAGGCUUACAUGGCUGGCAGAGCUCUCGACCUGCCCGGAGCAGCUUCGUCAGAAUCGGUAUUAUGGGGAGCGGUUUUUUUAGUGGAGUUUGUGACCAUCUCCGGCCACAUCGCACUUUGUUCUUCGUUUUCUAUGGAUUUUUCUGUAGCCAUUUUAUCAUUCAAACCAUAAUGCAUUUGCAACUAAAUGCUUCUACUUGCAAUUGCGGUAUUCUAUGUAAAUUGUGAGCUUCUAUAAACAUUACGGUGCGCGGGCACUUCACUGACAA